UAAUAGUGUUACUCACGGUCUGUGCGCCAUGUCGAGGAAGGAUGUGUUCUGAUAGGAGUGUAGAUACGGGCCUUUCCUUGUAGGAACUGUCUGGUAUUUGAAAUACAAACUUAAAGGUAUAUAUUUACAUAUUUGUGAACUCUACGAUAUGAUGUUGGUGUCUUUGAUUUUCGUCACCUGAAAACUGUUAACAUUUUACAACGAAAAUCUACAGAGUCGAGAACUUCAUCAGCUGUAUAUAGUUGUGGAUCAAAAUGGGAGGGACAGGGUCGAAGAAAAAGCCAACAACUAACAAUGAAGCAGCUAACGGGAAGGAGGAUGAACCAGACCCCCGGUGGUCAGUUGCGGGGAGGAAGCAUACGUAUGAAGAAUGUCAUCCAGAGGAUGAAGACGAGAAACCAGACCCAGGGGCACAGGAACAGUACAAAGUGAACAGAGCACCACGACAAUACGAGGAUAUAGACAAGGAUUUUGAACAACAGAAAGCAGAGACCAAAGACUCUAACAAUGCAAGGUUGUCGCAAAAGCAGUCCGGAGAGUUAAAUUAUGUUGACGUUGAAUUUACUAAACCCAAAAAGAAGAAAAAGAGUAAAAAAGACAUAGAGUGUGAUUCUAGUGACGUUCCUGCGGCCUCCGUGGAAUAUAGCGAGGUGGUCAUACAGAACUCUAAACCCACCAUAAACUGAGUGGCCACCUCUCUUAUUGUUGUUGUCCUCUGUACAUUUUGUAUAUUCUAAUGACGUUUUAAAUGUUUUGAAGUGUUUAUAUUUGUAUAUAAAAUGUUUGUCGUAUAAAUUCAAGAGUAUAAAGCAAACUAUAUAUUUUUGAGUAGGAGUUGUCUAUAUAAGGCUGAUUUUACUUGUUUAUGUAUAAUCAUGUUUCGUCUAAUGUACUAGUAUCAAAGGUUCUCGGGUAGAAACCUUGGUGUCUGAAAAUGUUCAUUGUGUGUAAUGAAAUGAAAGCCAAGAAAGGAGAGUGUGUGUUUUGUAAUUAUAAAGUAUAUGUGUAUAAUAAUCCCUAAAUGAGAAAGGUGAACAAUGCAGUUAAAUGUAUUGAUACAAUUAAUAGACCAAAAAAUUGCAUGCGUUUAUUAAAUUGUCAUGUAACUUUAAUAUUGGAUUACAAGCUUUAUGGUUAUCUUUUUAAUCGACGUCUAAUAUCAAAAAAUAUAGCAUAAUGUAAAACUCUUAAGUGUAUCAGUCAGCAGCCUUGCAUGCAUUAAUGAUAGGAAUUGUGAUGAAUUUAUGUGUGUGUAUGUUGAUUUUAAAAGAUGCUCUUUGUCACAAUAUAUGUUUACUUUUCACAUGAUUGCAAGAUUUAAUUUUUUUUAAACAUAAUUUUGGUAAUUAAACAACCAUUAGAUCAUGAACAAAA